AUGGGCAAGACAAGGCGUUUCGCGGCCGGUACCAAUGCGGGUUUUGCUUUGAAUUUGAUAAACCGGAAGCUUGAAUCUGGGGUUCCACUCGCCACGCAUAUUGAAGCUGUCAAAGGAGGGGAAGAACCUGUCAGCUUCGGCCCCAAUUCGGUUCUUGUUGAUUAUGGUCACGAUUGGAAGUUACAGACAGUUACUGAAACAGAAGAAGGUGCUUCUCAUUGA